GAAAAAUGCGGGGACGAAAUAGGUCGAGUUUGAGCUCGCUUGAAGAACGGGUGAAGGAAGGGAGACGUAGGUUUAAGGAGGGUUUAAUGGUCGCCGUCCUGAUUCUCUUCUCCAGUCUCCCAUUACUUUGAAAAUUUUAACUUCGCUCCCUCUCUUCUCGCUUUGAGUUCUUCGUCUUCAAGCUUGUUUGCUCAGUUUCUCACUUCCCGAAACUACUUCGGAGAAACUACAUAUGUUUACCAUCACACUUUCAUCUUCUUCUUAUCCAUCAACUGCCUUUUGAAGUUUUGUAGAAGAAACUCAGCCUGUGGCCGACAAAGAUCAUGACAUAUUGAGGAAAAAAGUCACCAAGCUGAUGAAACAACAGAAAUUGCAGCAGGUGAAUUUGAUAGUCAAGGAGCACGAUGAUUUAAAGCCUUGGGGCCAGGAGGCUCAUGUGAAGGGUUUUGUUUUUCAUUUUCUGUCCAUUGUCUCAAUUCUGGUUCCUAUUAUCUUCCAGCUUGGAUGCGGUUUGGUUCAGUUGUUGAUGGAAACAGCCUAUAUUCAACCUCCAGUUGAUGAGUUAGGAGAUGGUCCAGUUGAUAUUUGCCCUGCCUUUGUCCUCUAUUAAAACCCAUUGGUUUGCUAAAACCGACGACAAGAAGGCAGGCUUUCUCCCAAUCGUGCUCACAUUUCCAUGCUUAGCCGUAUUCAUCAGUGGAAGCCAUUGCAUUGGAUAUUCGCUUCUUCUGUCAUCCUUGCUAGGCCUUCAGUUUCAGUUUCUGCCGCCAGGCUUGAACCGGCAACCGUCACUACCUCCUUCUUUCCGGAUCAGAACGACUCAGUUCGUGAAAUUCUCACAGGUUUGAAUUCCCUUGGGUUUAGAGCCUAUGUUGGUGGAUGUAACUUUCGAACUGUUGUUUCUACUUUGAGUGAAACUGUAGUGGAUGGCGUUCUUGAUUCCUUGAGAACUCUUAAGCCUGAUGUUGCUGUGGCUUUUUUCUAUCUUUUAAUAAACGAGUACGGAUUUCGGCAUUCUAGAUUCUCUCAGUUUGUUGUUUCUCAUAUUUUGGCGGGUGAAGGACGAUUCAAGGAGUUGCAUUCCGUUAUAAAGCAUUUGAUUGAGGAGCAAGGGUUGGGUUCUGCGUCUACCUUUUGUGACCUGCUCUUGAACAAAUUCAGGAACUGGGAUUCAAAUGGUGUGGUAUGGGAUAUGCUGGCAUUUGCGUACUCUAGACAUGAAAUGAUCCACGAUGCCCUCUUUGUCUUUGCAAAGAUGAAGGAUCUAAAUUUACAAGCUUCAGUUCCAACUUAUAACUCUCUAUUGCAUAACUUGAGGCACACUGAUAUUAUCUGGGAUGUAUAUAAUGAGAUCAAAGUUAGUGGAGCUCCUCAGAGUGAAUAUACUACCUCAAUACUUAUACAUGGUCUCUGUGAGCAAUCCAAGAUAGAAGAUGCGAUUUCAUUUCUACAGGACAGCAAUGAAGUAGUUGGACCUUCUACUGUGUCUAUCAAUACCAUUAUGUCAAAGUUUUGCAAAGUGGGACUGAUAGAUGUUGCGAGGUCAUUUUUCUGUUUGUUGGUCAAGAGUGGACUUCUUCACGAUUCCUUCAGUUAUAAUAUUCUUGUUCAUGGGUUAUGUGUAGCAGGUUCCAUGGACGAAGCUCUGGAAUUCACAGAUGACAUGGAAAAGCAUGGUGUGGAACCUGAUGUAGUAACAUACAACACACUUGCCAAAGGAUUUCUCCUGCUUGGUUUGAUGAGUGGGGCUCGUAAAGUUGUCCAGAAAAUGUUGUUGCAAGGUUUAAAUCCAGAUAUUGUGACAUAUACAAUACUGAUUUGUGGACAUUGUCAGAUGGGAAAUAUUGAGGAAGCACUGAAACUGCGGCAAGAAACUCUUUCGAGGGGGUUUAAGUUGAAUAUCAUUUCUUACAGUGUGCUACUUAGCUGCUUGUGUAAAGUUGGACGUAUAGAAGAAGCAUUGACAUUGUUUGAUGAAAUGGAAACUCUACAUUUAAAACCUGAUUUUAUAGUAUAUUCAAUCCUCAUUCAUGGUCUAUGCAAGGAAGGGUUCGUACAAAGGGCUUACCAACUAUAUGAACAAAUGUGCUUGAAGAGAAUUUUUCCACACUACUUUGCUCAGCGUGCUGUACUGUUAGGUCUAUUUAAGAAUGGAAAUAUAUCUGAGGCAAGAAAGUAUUUUGAUACUUUGAAUCGCAUGGAUUUGAUAGAGGAUGUUGUAUUGUAUAAUAUUAUGAUUGAUGGUUACGUAAGACUUGGUGAUAUUGCUGAGGCUAUGCAGCUAUAUUACAACAUGAUUGAAAGGGGGAUCACUCCUAGUGUUGUCACUUUCAACACUCUUAUCAAUGGAUUCUGCAGAAGAGGAGACCUAAUGGAGGCUCGAAAGAUGUUGGAUGUCAUCAGGUUGAAAGGGUUGGUACCUAGUGUGGUAACUUAUACUACCCUUAUGAAUGCGUACUGUGAAGUGGGAAACAUGCAGGAAAUGUUUCAUUUUCUUCAUGAGAUGGAAGCAAACGCUGUUGUUCCAACUCAUGUAACUUAUACUGUACUAAUCAAGGGACUUUGCAGACAAAAUAAGAUGCAUGAAUCCCUCCAGUUGCUAGAGUAUAUGUAUGCAAAGGGUCUAGUGCCAGAUCCAGUCACAUAUAACACUAUUAUCCAAUGUUUUUGCAAGGGAAAAGAAAUUACCAAAGCUUUCCAGCUUUAUAAUAAGAUGUUGCUCCAUAAUUGUGAUCCUACCCAUGUAACUUAUAAUGUACUUAUUAAUGGUCUUUGUAUAUAUGGUGAUCUGAAGGAUGUUGAUCGAAUGGUAGUUUCUAUGGAGGAUCGAAAUAUUAUCUUGACAAAAGUUGCUUAUAUGACAAUAAUUCAAGCACAUUGUGCAAAGGGUCAGGUCUCUAAAGCAUUAGGGUACUUCAAUCAAAUGCUGGCUAAGAAUUUUGUUAUUUCCAUUAGAGAUUAUAGUGCUGUCAUUAAUCGGCUUUGCAAAAGGGGUCUAAUUACUGAAGCAAAGUACUUCUUUGUUAUGAUGCUAUCUGAAGGCAUAACUCCUGAUCCUGAAAUUUGUGAGACAGUGCUUAAUGCUUUCCAUCAACAGGGCGAUAACAGUUCAGUGUUUGAAUUCCUUGCUAUGGUGGUUAAAUCUGGCUUUAUCUCACAUUGAUCCAUUCCUCGAUAUCGUGGUUUAAUAUGGCUCUAUUUCUCAUUGAUCCAUCUAAGUGUUCAUUUGUUCACAUCAUGCUGUUAUAGAUAAGCUGUCCUUUGGCAUGAGGUUUCACAUGGGAUUUUCAUAGUUAGGAAGCAGUCAUUCAUUUGUUUUAUAUCAAAGAACCUUUUAAUUCAAGGGUGUAGAGGAUAAAUUUCCUACUGUGGAAUAUAUCAAACUUAAUGGCAUGAAGGAAAAUCAUCUUGAUGACCCUCAUGGGGCUCUCCUAGCUUGGAGGCUGCAGCUGACGAUCUUACUGAGUUGGUGGUUAUGACGAGUUGUGCUUUCAACUAUAAGCUGGGCUUGAUUUCUUGUAGCUAGUUUAUCGAAGGAAUUCUCCAAGCCUGUGGGCCUCACUUUUAGAACUCAUAUUUGUUAAAUAUGGCAGAGAAUUGCUUCAAAUCAAAACCAAAUUCCGAAAUACCAACCAUGGAUAUUUCGACUGGUCGUUCAAGACAAGGAGUGGAGUUGUGAACUCGUAGGGCCCACAACGUAGUGAAUUAAUAAGAAAUACGUUUGUAUUCUUUUUUCGUUGUCGGAACCACAAACUCCUUGGACCAAAUAAGGAGUGCGUUCCCCUCAAUUCUUUGAACCAAACACUCCCAAGAUAUUUAGGGGCCGUUUGGGGCAAAGAUUACCUAGUUCUAUAAUAACUAGCUCUUGCUACAGUAAAUACUAUUUAAAAGUCUCUAAUGUCAAACUACUAAUGCAUAGUCAAUACUGUUAGAACAUGAAUAUAUUUUGGACUCUGCUAUCAGUUCCUUAUGAUUUAUAAGAACAUUGAAAUCCUUACGUUGUUAAUAGAGAAGAUGUUGAUAAAACUAGAUACAUAUUUGAAUUGAUACAAGAUUUAAUUUCUAAGUUCCAGAUUGCUUUGGUUAUAAUACCAUUUUGGUUUCACUCCCCGGCACACAGAGUGUCAGUUGACUUAGGCUUAUUUUAAUUAAAAAUUGUAGAGUUUUACUUUUACCGAUUAAAAGCCAAAUAGUGAUGUCCUUGUCAUGUGCUUAGAAGUAGAGGAAGAUGGAUUAGCUUAUUGACCAAAUUUUCCAUGUCCUUCCAUGAAAACUCCCAUCUCUCCUUACUGCCUCCACCGCCUCUAUUUUCACUGCUUUCGCUUUCAUCUUCUCUGGAGAAUCUCUGCUCAAAGACUCGACAAUUACCUUCCCCAUCUCCUUCGAUUCAGGCACUGACUUUGCCCCCUAUCAAACACGCACCGCAACUCCCAAAUCUUCUACCAAUAGCCUGGCAUUGAUAAAUUGAUCCGCCUCCAUCGGCCAUUCGUUUAAUUUUCCAUAGGUAAUAGCCUCACAAAAUCAGCCAGUUUGAUGGACCACUCCUCUCGGAUUUCCAAUGGAGAAACCUUUCCGGCAACUAGGAAGCCAUGUUGUAAAGCUCUACUGAAUUUGUGAAAUUUAUGUUUCUGUGUUUUGAACUGUAUACAAACUUGGACGAUUGUAGUGUUUUCUGUAUGUUACUGAAGAGCUGUACUUGACUUGUUGCUGAUCAGGACUUCCUUGCAAGUUUUGUCUCUACAACGAGAAACUGACAAGGUCAUGGCUAGACGUCAGAGAACAGCAUUUCCCUCAAUGGUUCUCAUAUGAUGAUGACUGCUAUUGCCUGCAAAAGGUUAUGGAGAACUUCCAAAAGUCUUUCCCCACAUAAAAAUUUCCUCCCUUACCUGAUGGGGGAUAAUUCGAUCUCAAAGAUGUUCUGCAGCCUCCCUAUUUCAUCAACUAGUGCAACCUAAAAAUGCUUCAGUUGGAUGCUCUUCUCGUACGUGCUACGUCAAUGGCUAAUCAGAUUUAUGAAAUGCUAGUAAUACGCAAUUCACUGAAAUCAGUCUUUGGCUAGUAAAGUUUGCCUCUUGAAGGAGACAAGUGUGACCUGGCGUCAAACCGGUUAAGGUCAGUGCUGUCUUGAUACUUGUACAUAUACUUCAGAUUUUGGUACUCUACAUCUUGGAACUUGGAAGUUUAUUUGCUUUCCACUAAUUAGACCUUGAAAGACUUGUGAUGGAUAAAGAAAAUGUUGCAUU